AUGGGUGCUCUACUUUCUCUGCCACUUUUGGCGGUGCCAAGUGCCAGUACCCUCAUAACGCUUGCAACUUCAUGUUGCGGGGCUGCAACUUGCUCGGCAGUAUGUAGUGCGUGCGGAAAGUUUCAGAAUAGUAUGGCUACGAGAAUCGCCUACGCCUUCAUUCUUCUGAUCAAUUCAAUCGUUUCGUGGAUAAUGCUCACACCAUGGGCACUCAAGAAGCUACAACAUCUGACGCUGGACUAUAUGGAAAUCACUUGCGACGGCAAAGAAUGCCAUGGUUGGGUGGCGGUCCACCGUAUUAACUUCGGUCUUGGUCUCUUUCACUUGGUUCUUGCGGUGUUCCUGUUGGGGGUGAGGUCAUCCAAAGAUGGCCGUGCAGUCCUUCAGAAUGGUUUCUGGGGCCCGAAGAUCAUCCUAUGGAUCGCCUUCGUGGUCAUGUCAUUCUUCAUCCCGCAGUCAUUCUUUUUCAUCUAUGGCCGCUACAUCGCCUUUAUCUGCGCUAUGCUCUUCCUGUUACUGGGUCUUAUCCUCCUGGUAGAUUUGGCGCAUUCCUGGGCUGAGAUCUGUUUGCAGAAGAUUGAGGACAGCGACUCUCGAAUUUGGCGCGGGCUGCUCAUUGGCUCAACUAUUGGCAUGUACAUCGCAUCGAUCGUGAUGACAGUCCUGAUGUAUGUUUUCUUCGCCCGCGGUAAUUGCACCAUGAACCAAGCCGCGAUUACGGUUAACCUCGUUGUUUUCUUGAUCAUAUCCUUCGUGUCCAUUCAGCCUAUAGUGCAAGAAUCCAAUCCGCGAGCGGGUCUGGCUCAAGCAGCCAUGGUGACUGUCUAUUGCACGUAUUUGACUAUGUCGGCUGUUUCAAUGGAACCAGAUGACCGCCAGUGCAAUCCUCUAGUGCGCGCUCGCGGGACGAGAACGGCCAGUAUUGUUGUGGGCGCCAUUCUUACGAUGGCUACCAUCGCAUACACGACAACACGUGCAGCCACUCAGGGGCUUGCGUUAGGAUCGAAGGGCGGCCACAACUAUUCGCCGCUGGGGACGGAUGACAACGAACAUGGUCUUGUGACACAACAGCCGACCAGUCGUCGCGAGAUGCGUGCCGAAGCUCUUCGUGCCGCCGUGGCUAGUGGCAGUUUACCCGCCAGUGCGCUCGACGACGACAGCGAUGAUGAAUCUGAUGACUAUAACACCAAAGACGAUGAACGAGGGUCGACGCAGUAUAAUUACUCCUUGUUUCACGUGAUCUUCUUCUUGGCUACGACAUGGGUGGCCACGCUUCUCACCCAGAGCUUGGAAACCGAUGCCGAGAGUACAGAUGACUUUGCUGCCGUGGGGCGGACGUACUGGGCCAGCUGGGUGAAGAUUAUCAGCGCUUGGGUUUGCUAUGCGAUUUACCUGUGGACGCUGAUUGCCCCGGUGGUUAUGCCUGAUCGAUUCGGCGUGUAUUGA